AUGCCUUACAGCAGAUCGGAAUGUUAUUGUUGUCGUGAAACAUUUUUGAGAGAGAGAAUAAUCGCCCUUACACAUUGUUACGAUCCCGAUGGCGUAAGAUUGACCAGUGAUAAAAUGGCCACGUUGGAAGUAAAACUAAAAGAACCAGCGGACUGCAAAUCUAAAAUGCAAACAACUGUAAAUUCUAUUAAAAUACCUCGAACAUUAGCCCAAAGUCUACAAAAAUCAUUUCACUACAGUUCAUCUGAAAGUUUAGAAACAUCAUUUGUUCAACUGUCUCUACCAAGAUUUGAAGAAGAACCUAGGUCAAUUUCACAAUCCAUGGACUCAACUAGACAUUCAUUAUCAUCAGCUAAUUCUAUGACAAAUUUAUAUUCAGAAUUUGGCGAUGAUAGUUUGAGUGAAGUUGAUUCAAUUGCGGAUAAUGUAUUUUUUUCUGAAUAUGAAAAUACUCCUGAAUUUGAUGUGCAAAGUAUAACUUCUGAGCAUAGUUAUCAUUCAGCUUCUGGAUCAGUCUUACAACUAGAAUUAGAAUUUUUAAACCAUAUUUAUGAGGAUGUUCCUUUAAAUGUGCUAUGCGUCAAGAUGAUUUCACUUUUCUUGGCACCAGAAYCUAGUAAAUCAGUCAGAACUGGUAUUAAAUCAUCAGCACUUGGAUGUCUGACAGAAAUGUUGAAAAUUGAUCCAAAUUUAGCUUUUAUCAAUUACAACUUGUCAGAUCCUACAGAAACAUUACUUAAUGUUGCUAUCAGUUAUACUAACCAUGAAGAUCAUCUUUUGAGAGGCAUGGCAAUUAAAUUAGUUGGCACAUUUAUUGAAGUAAUUCUUAGAAAUAAUUUUGGUGCGUUUAAAGUACAAAACAAUGAAGUUGGAUCUUCAAAUAUAGUGAUUAUAGAUCUAAUCAACAUCAUUACUCAAGGAUUAAAAGAUGAUUCUUAUAUAUGUGUAUGUCAUUCACUUUCAGCUGUAUCAGUAUGUUUAAUGCCUCUUUUAAAUAGUAAUGUUUCAAAUAGUGCUAUCCCUAUACUUGAAACAUUAUUGUCAGAUCUGAGUCCUUAUUGGCUUGUUAAGGUAAUUUUUCUCUUAUUCAAAUAUUUAAUUUCCACAUUUUUAUGUGAAAAUGAAAAAGACAAAAAAAAUUUGAGAGAUGUACCAAGUCAUAGUAAUUAUUACUAUAAAUUGCAAUCUAUAGUUAAAUCAUCAUACAACAAUUACAAAGUGUCUCUAGAAAAUACAAGUAAUGAAAAAUUCAUAAGAUUUCUUGAGUCAGUUUUAGAUACUUUAAAGAUAUUGUUAACAUUUAUAAGUACAACAGAGUGCCAACAACACAUAGAUCGCAUACUUCUCUGUUUAACUGCAAUAUUCAAUUUAACUCCUAAUUGUAGUUCUAAAGUUUUGGCUGAAUUAUUAAAGUGUUUGAAUUCAAAGUAUAAUAUGUCAUCAAAUCAACAAAUAUUUUGUAGAAAGGAUUGUAUGUUCAUUAAAAAUGAUUUACAAACACUSUGCAUGUACACUCAAGCAUUACAAACACCUUACGAAUGUUUAUCAAACUUUAUUGACACUAAAAUUAAAGUUACUCAACAUGCAAAUAAACAUUGGGAAGAUGAAAGAGAUCGCAGAACAACAAUGAGUGGAAAGCUGUAUAGUGCUAAUUCUGAAAAUUUAGAUUUUUUUUCAAAUUUAAAAUGUUUUCGACCAUUGACUAUUAAGUGCUUGAAGGAAUAUGUAACUACUGGAGAUGUAGAAUUACAAUCUUCAAUUCUAAAUUUACUUACAGUGUUACUUCAAAGCAAAGUUAACUUAAAUGUGAUCGACCCAAAACAUGAGUUUUUAAACUUUGUUUUCAGCCAAUUUGACUAUCUCGAAAAUGGUUUAUUUAGAGAUCCAAAAAAAUUUAUCUCAACUAUAUUUCAAUUUUUUAUUAAUUUAUCUGAAGAUAAAAGUCAAUCAAACAUAAUUCCUGAAGCAAUACAUUUAUGUGAUGGAUUAAUGGCUAGUGGGUAUCCACCAGAACUAUAUUGUAUCCCAGCAAUAUUACCAAUUGUUGAAUAUGUCUAUGUUUUAAAAUCAGCAUUUAUGGUUAAUUCUUCAGAUUUAAAAGAACUUGAAGCUCAAAGGGAGAUGUUAUUUGCUAUGUUAUUAAGAUUAUGUCAAUUUAAUGAAGUGGUGAGCAUUUUAAGUCUUGUAAUAAUGGAAGGCAGUGAAGAAAAAUGGAAAAAACAAUCCAGACAAUUAUAUGAUACUCUUUAUACAUCAUUAGGUGGUUGCAAAAUUCAAGCAUCCUUACCAUCAUUGAUUAAUCUGUUGUUAACAUUACAUCCAUCUUCUUAUAGUAUUCAACAACAGCUCCAUGUUAUGUUCAACACUUGUUAUGAUGGAGAAAAAUGUACUCUGGAACCUUGGUUAAAAACUGUUCUAUCCAACUUAAUUAUAAUUCUUAUUCAAAAGUCUGAAGAUUUAAUUCUUCUUAGGAUUUCUGAAUCAGACAUUUCAAUCAGCUCAAAUUUAUUUGAACUUACUACACAGUCUGACCCCUUAAAUGCAUCAAUAUUAAAUAAAAAUAAAUGUCCUGGUGAAGAUACUUUUUCCAAGUUUUUGUUUAGAGUUAUAUAUUUAUCUACCAAUGAUAUCAUAUCAUCCUUAAGUCAUCCUCAACCUAAUUGUGAGAGCAAAGUGUGUUUACUAUCAGAAUUUCUUCUGACUUGUCAAUAUAUUGUACAAUCUGGUAAUUUUCCAAAAGUUGUGAAUUCUCUACGAUAUUUUCUUAAUGAUUCCAUAUUUAUUUCACUUCAUAAGAAUAUUAUGACCUUGUCAAUGGUCUACCCUUUACUUGUAUUGUACUGGGUACAGUUGAUUGGUCUUUUAGAUCACAACGAUAUUGAGUUUUGGAAGUCAUUAAUGAAUACAAAUUCUACAGAAUCUCAGUCAGGGCAGUGUUUUUAUCAAAGUAUUGUCCAAAAGGGUUGUUUUUUGAUCCUAUGUGAAGUAUUAAAUAAAAAUAUUAAUUUAGAUAAUGAUUUAUUGAAAUGGUUUUUGUCCGAAUGUGUCAUUCAACUGUUAGAAAUGGGAAAUGAGACUUCAACGCAAGAAUUUCUCAACUGCAUACAUAAAAAUCAGAAUUUAAGUUUAAUGCACAUAACAGCUGUCACUGAAAAAUGUGUUAAUGACAAACUAAACCUAACUAAUGAGCUGUUACGAAGUAUGAAUGAAGCACAUCCUGCACAUUGUGGAGAAGUAAUAAAAUUAAUUUUGCCUGCUGUGUUAGAAGAUCCACACUUAGCAUUGUCACAAUUCGCUAGCUCUAUAGUAAUCAGAAAAAUGGAAUACCUUCUUGCAUUGCCUGUCAAUGAAAGUUCUAAUCAAUUAAGCAAAGAAGAAACCUUACAGAUCUUAGAAUAUUUUAAAAAUUCGAAUGUUUGCAUAAAGAGUCGUUAUUGUAUAUUGAUAUCAUUGUUCAAUAAAUUUGGUACUCAAUGUUAUGAUUUUUCAAGUGUAGAAAUUGAUCAAAAUAAAACUGUCAAUACUUUGGACAUAAAAAAUAUUUUAAUAGACAAAAAUUGGUUUUUUGAUCUAGUAAAAGUAAGAUGUUGUCGAAAUGACUGUCUUAGUUUUGAGUCAGCCAAAUUAUUAUCAAAUUUACCAUUGCAAGAUGCCAUCUCUAUUAUGCGUUGUGAUGAUUUCAAUCUUGAUAUACUUCAAUAUUGUUUCAUUAUAUCCACACAAAUCACUAUAAAAACAUGGAAAUCAUUAACUGAAGAUACAACUAACUUAGAACUGUGUCCAUUGUUUGUAGCGGCACGAUUUGUUUUAGUGGAACACAUUCAACAAACAUGUAGUUCCUUGCCUAGAUUUCAUCAAAUAUUUUUACCGAUAGUCAAAGAAUUAAAUGAAAAACAAAAUUUAUACAAGACACGUAUGAGUCAACUAUUUGAAGACAGUAAAUUUAUUAAAAUUAUAUGGUUUUUAACACCAGCAAUUUCAAAGUUUUUAGAAUGUGUUGAGAUUUUAUCAAAACACAAUUCAAAUGAACACAUUGUUUCAAUGGAAUCCAACAAAAAUCUUUUGAAAUAUACAGUUUUACUUUUUGAAGUUCUAAAAUGGAAAUUGGUUAAUCGAACAGCUGCUACUAGCAGAAUACAAUUACUUCUCAAGUGUGCAUACAAUAUUUUUAACGGCUGUGGGUUGGCAAAUGAGUUAUGCUCCACAGAACUGGGAUCAAUUGCUUCAUCAUUAGUGUCAGUGGUAGAAUUCAUUACAGAGGAUGUACUUUUGAUCAUGACUGAUGACUACUAUACAGAGACUACAGAUUUAGUACCCAUAUGCCGGCAAUUUUCAUCUUUGCUUUCUUGGGUGGAAAAUUGUCGUCCAUUAUUGUCAAAUUUUCAUCUGGACCAACUGACAUGCUCUAUUAUACAAAUUAUAAGUCGCCAUCCAAUGGUAAAUGGAUUUGUGCGUGUACCUCCCAUUACAUGGAAAAUGUUGCAAACACCGGUCAAUAUUAUUGAUUUUAACAUACCAACAAUGCCUAUUGAUGUAUUACAAGAAACUGAUGUACUCAAACAGUUUGUGUCUAGACUCAAUGUAGUUGGCUGGAAUAAUAAACAACAAUUUGAAGAGACCUGGAUGACUUUGUUGAGCGUUUUAGUUCCAUCCAGUGAAACUGAUAUACCAAAAGAGGAACAUAUCUCUCGCAUACAAGCGAGUAGUGCAGCUGUAAAUGGAAUUACACAAUUGUUUAGUCAGACAUUAUUUGAAUGUUAUCCUGGUGAUACCACCAACAAUAAAUUCUUACAUGUAUCAAGAGAUAUACCACUCAACUUGACUUGUCAUAAGUGGUUCGUGAAAUUAGAAGAAGUCAAUGAUCUAAUAUAUUCAACAUUUUGCACAUUUAAGAAAACAGCUGGUAAAGAGGCGUUAUUAGAUCGUUAUGAGUGUAGAGCUAAUAUUGAGAGAAUUCAUGACCAGCAUCGAUAUAGCUAUCAUCAGUUGUCAGUCAAAUUUUUACAAAUGGCAAUGACAGAUCAAUGGAAAAAGUCCAAUAAUAUUGCAGUACAAAGAAAUUCAAUGUUAGAAAUUAAGUUGUACAAAAGGAUCAAUGUAUUAAAUGAAAGUGGCUUGGAUCUUAAUUCUUGUAUAUUGCUGUUAAAGGAAGUGUUUAACCAGUGGAUGGAACCAAAAACACGAGGUUCUCUAUCACAAAUAAACGAAAUGAUAAAAUGUCUCCUCGUGAUGUCAGAUUUGUUUACUGAACGAGAGCAUUAUACCUGGAUGCUCAAUGUAUGUCUGGAUUUAUCGCAGUCACAUCACCAUGAAGAUGUAUUGUUACAUCAAUAUGUCAUAAUCGCUGCUGCCAAAUCAAUGGCUAUUUCUAAUAGUGAGGAUAUCAGUAUUCGAGAGAGAGUGUUGAAAUUAAUUGACAAUGGUCUCAAAAGUAAUUGUCGUUUGACCCAAUUGGCCGCUUUACAUGGCUUACUUUAUUUGUUAGAAGGAUGUUUUAUCAUGAAUAAUGUAUUGCCAAAUAGUUCAGAAAUUGUGCAGAUGGCUGUGGAUUUUGUACAAAAACAUCUGUGCACUGAAUACUCAAUGUUAUAUGAAUGUGAAUGGCAGCUAUGUGUGAUAUCAAUAGCAUUCUACAUAGUAGAACAUGGGUCAGAUAAUAUUGAAGACGCAUUGCUCAUGUCACUGGAAGGCCUCACUAAAUUAGUAUCAUCAUCUAGACAUUUUAAACUAUAUCAAGCUCUUAUACAGGGGUUUCAAAGGAUCGUAUAUGUCAAACAUUCAAAUGAAAACAUUAUGGAACAAAUUACAACAUUGGCUUUAGAUAGGUUAUCCAAUGCUCCUCCAGGAUUUUCUUUACCAGCAUUGCAAUUGCUUUUAUCAUGCAUUUAUGCAGAACAUUAUAAUGAAAAUAUUGAAGCUGAUAUUGAUCCCGAUAUGAUUGUUGUUGAAAUGGAAAAGAUAAGUGUCAUGUUUGAAAGAAUAAAGAAAGGAUGUUUGCUGGAAGUAGAAGUGACAACAGUUAUAAUGGCUAAAGUAUUAACAGAUAUAUUUCCAGCAUCAUACGUUCUCAUGAGGGUUGUCAGUGAAUUUCUUUCUCCAAAUCAACCUCAUCCGACAUCGAUGUGCACAGUUGUUAAUCAAAUAUUUGAGCAAUUGAUUAAAGAAUCACAAGUGGAUCUCUUACAAGAUUGGGUUAUUACAACACUCAGCAAUUUUACCCAAGGCCUUCAAAUACCCAUGGCAAUCUACUGUCUAAUCAGUUUUUUUAUAAGUUCAUCAAAAAAUAAAUGGCUAAGAGCAAUAUUUCCUCAUGUGAGAUCGAGGCUUGGUCGUUAUGAAUAUGAAGAUAGAAGAUUGUUGUGCAUUGCCGCAAUGGAUUUUUAUCAUAGCCUUUCUAACGAAAACCAAAAACAGUUAUACAAAGAAUCAUUCCAAUCUUCAGUCAAGUCGAAAAAUCCUUUCCAAGAUAUUAUAUUAUGUUUGGAAUAAAAUUAUGGAUUCCAAAAUA